AUGGAAGAUGAACAUCUUAUGCAAAAAGUGGAAAGAUGGGCAAAAAUGCUUGAAAAAGAAGAUAAGAUUGGACAUGCACUUCGACGGUUAGAAAAUGUGGCCAUUACACUUCAUAUUCUCAGUGCUACAGGCGUUGGAAAAACAGUGAAUUCUUUACGUAAACACCCAUUAUGGGGCGAUCGUGUUUCCUCUUUAGUUUCUCGAUGGAAAGAAAUUGCACGAGCCGAAACUGCUGCAGCUGAAGAAAAGAAAGAAGAUGAAGAAAGGCAAAGUGAGGAAUGUAAUAUUUCUGAUUUUAUUCAAAUCAAGCACCCAAAAAGUUUGAUUAAAAGAGAAACUAAUGGAUAUGUUAAUGAUGAAGAAUUAAAUGUUUCCGAUAGUGAAUACAUUCCAACUCCAAUUGUGCCAAAAAAAAAAACAAAAUCAACUGUAACUCAAAUUGAGCAAAAAUCUAUUAAAGGCAAUAAUGAUAAUCAACAAAUUGAUGCUUUUUCUGCCCAGUUAGCAGCUGCUGAUCAAAUUUCUAAUAAUGUCAAAACAAAGAAAAAACUUCAAAAAUUUACACCCGAAAGUAUUCAAAAUUCAAUUAGAGACUCCUUGGCCAGUUCAAUAUUUACACAAGCAGCACCACAGCAAAAACAACCACAACCACUUUUUUUCGAAGCCCCACCUUCAUUAGAUAUCAAUAUGUUUAAAAAACCCAAGGAUAAUCGAAGAGUUUAUGCUGGAAGGAAGAAGAAUGGAUUACAUUUGGAGCAGAAAGUGCCAAAACUUUAUGAUAUUUGUAUUCGUUUGUUAAUAAAUAAUAUUGAAGCAAUUGAAGAAACUGGAGAUAUUCCUUUUCAUGUUUUACAACCAAUACUUGAAAAAGCUAAUGCUAUACAAUUAUUACGUUUAGAAGAAAUAAAUCCUGAAGAAGAGGAUGAUGAUGAAGAGAAGAAAGAAGACGAUGAAGAUAAUAGUAAUGAUGGAGAGGAAAAACAAAAACAACAAAAAUAUAUUUAUCAUGAUGAUUGUUCAAGUUGGCGAGAGAGAUAUUAUGUUGGUUUAAAUUAA